ACGUCGUCCACACUUUAGGGUUUACUGGCAGCAGAAGAAGCCUCCAUCUCUCGCAGUCGAUCAUCCUUUCUCCAAACGCAGCGUUUCGGUUGACCUCUGAGUUGAAGAAAUGGUACGGCCUUAUGCCAUAAAAGGGCACAAGCGAAAGAAGAGGGAAGAGAACUAUGAUAGAGAGGAAGUAGAACAAUUGCUAGAAGAGGAGACAGCAGCAACGGCCACACAGGAUGAGAAGAAGGCAGAAGAAGUCACACUUGAACUUCCUGGUAUCCCACUUGUCCCAUCCAACUUGAACAACAAGACUGGUGUUACCUUCAUUCUUGAGAGGGCUUGUUUGGAAGUUGCAAAAGUUGGAAAGAGUUACCAGCUAUUGAGCUCAGAGGAUCAUGCAAAUUUCCUGAGGAAAAAUAACAAAAACCCUGCUGAAUACAGGCCUGACAUUCUUCAUCAGGCUCUCUUGACUAUUUUAGAUAGCCCACUAAAUAAGGCUGGGAGGCUACGAGCUGUGUAUGUAAGAACCGAGAAAGGUGUGCUUUUUGAAGUUAAGCCACAUGUUCGCAUUCCAAGGACAUAUAAGCGGUUCUCUGGGAUCAUGUUGCAGCUGUUACAAAAACUGAGCAUUACUGCUGUUGGUAAGCGGGAGAAACUUUUACGCGUUAUCAAGAACCCGGUUACUCAAUACUUACCUGUUAACUCUCGAAAAAUAGGUUUCUCAUAUAGUUCAGAAAAGUCAAUUCCAAUGCGGGACUAUGUGGCUGCUGUUAGCGAUGAUGUAGACCUUGUUUUUGUGGUUGGUGCAAUGGCCCAUGGGAAAAUUAGUAAUGAUUAUACAGAUGAUUUCAUAGCAAUUUCUGGCUAUCCAUUGAGUGCUGCAUGGUGUACUUAUUUGAUCUGCGGGGCCUUGAUGCAGAAGUGGAAUAUAUUUUAGGUCCCUGUCUAAAAGCUGAAGAUUGGGAGCUGAUGUUUUCAUUUCCAGUAGUACAUGUAAAUCCAGGUGCAAUGCUUGCAUUUAGGAUAUUUAGCACUUUUUGUUGAGGGAAUAUAUGAAUGUUGUCAUGUUUUUGAAAAAGGAAGAAAGAAAAUUUAAGCUGGACUUCCUAUGUAUAUUGAGCUUCUGAUCGACUAUUACAGAAAUCCUUUUGUUCAUGACAUAAACUGUGAUGCAAAGAGGAUAAGGUGGAUUGUCUAGAGGGCUAUCACUGUACCCUUUGCUACAUAGAUUUUGCCUCUCAACCUUCUGGUGAAUUUAUAAUUUAGAGAAAGUUUUAAGUGUCCA